CAAUAUUGUCCGAUGUGUUGAGAAGAGAAACUCAUCCGAUACUGACAAGCCUUCUUCAAGAGGCGCAUCCUUGGAAAACCAACAUUUAACGUUGUCCUGCAGUUAGAAAGAAGGACAUUCUACUCUGAAGCUGUUGAGAAGAUUUGGACGUUGGUAGACGAAGACCACAGUGUGGUUGACAAACAGAAGAAGCUUGGAAAACUUGGAAAAAGGUGUAAAUUAUAUUACACCUGAAGAGGUUUCCUGAGCAUUUCGGGAUCAGCUGAGCUUCUCAGGACCCUCUAGGAGGAGCUUAUUGAUCUGAGAACAGCGGCCCGACUUUAGAACCGUUUCAGUGAACGUCCACCCCUUGGAAAACAUCUCCAACAUCAACAGAAAGUCACGAGGCUCUGAAGAAUGAGUUGAGCGAGAGGAGGAACUAAUACCGUUUGAAAACCGGAUCUUCAGAAAACCUGUCGCUCCCUAAUCCCGACUUCAAGUCUCCAGAAGAGAGUUGGUGUAAUAAUAGUUGUGCACUCCGACAAUUACCCUGUGUUCUUUAAGUGCUCAGUAAAUGCCGCCAUGCUUAACAGUGCCGCACAAGUGUCUGUGAUGAAGGUGGUGAUGAUGAUGAUGAUGAUGGUGGUAGUGGUGUUUCUUGGUACGGGAGCCAAAGCAGCACCCACGGAGAGAGGCUUUGUGAAACCUCCUCCCAGUUCCACUCAUGCAGAGAAGUAUUCAGGACUAGACCCAGGCCUGAAGCACUGGCUUCUGAAUACGAGAGCAGCCACAAUGGAUGGAACAACCAGAAUCUCUGACAAAACCACAACGAGGACUAUGACUGCUGGGAGCAGAGCAGCGAGAGGGAGGAGCAACCUCGCGACAGCCGGUCCAGAUAAACGAGCCCAGAUGCUGAAGAUGAUCUCAGCCCUGGAGGAGCUGCAAAGGACAUAUAACAGCACUCUGAGCUCACGGAUCACCAUCAUACCAAGAGCAAACGGCAGAAAUUCAGGAAGAAGAAAUAAAGUGCACCCGCCUGCUCCUGAAGGUGGGGUGAAGCCCACCACUGCAGCCCCAGCAACAGUUGACACUACUGCCUCCAGAGGCAGCAGCAUCCCCCGUCCUCUGACUGGUCGAAACAUCAAAAAGUCCCUCACACCGCAGACCAAGAAGCCCAACAAACGAGUGUGCUUCUGGAAGUACUGCUCCCAGAACUAAUCGUCCCAGUUCACCUCCCCAACGCUGGUCUCCCUUCAUACUCUUAUCCCACACCUCAACCAGCUUCUCACGUCCACCUGACCAUCCAAUCGUGCAUCUAAAAGAUCUCCCCCAAACUCUCCCACAAUGGUUAGAUGCUGUUUAUUGAAUGCAUCUGGUCUGACACCGGUCGUUAUCGUGAAUGAUCCAAGCCCUGUUGUGCACAUCUUAGACAAUGUAUAUGACACAGCUGGGUAACCGUGUUAGAUAAACCACACCCAAGGUUGCUAGUUGUUUUCAACUAGUGGUAGUAGCAACACUCAAUCUAGCGAGGAGGUCUUCAAGGCAGCAACAGGGAAAGCUGUCCCUUCAGGCUUCCCUUCAAGAAAGCUUUCCCUAAAUGAUCCUUUCUGAACACAACCAACCAACAUGGCUGUUUUUAGCAGCUGUAUAGAAGCUUGGUGACUGUGGUUAUGAACAGUGAAGGCAAGGGCCUCUGUUCUACGGCCAUUUUUCAGAAGUAUUAAACAUAUUUUUGAUUAUUUCUAAAAAUUCAAUAAAUAUAUUUAGAUAUUUUAUAUUGCCAGAAGACUGCAUAUUGAACGAGUGAAGUGAAGUGGAGAUUUAAAGGUAUCAGUGACAAUUUAGAGGAAUUGAGUCCUUGAGGGAAAAGGUCGACAGAACUCUAAUGAUGUCUUGGUAUGCAUAAUGAUGGAACCAGCAUCUCAGCCUAGCUUAGUAAAUAGAAAUGGUUCAUUUAGUGAUGUGAGAAUGUUGCAUUUUAAUUUAAUGUGGUGAUUGUUAAUCAAAAUACUUGUUAUUGGCAGGUCCAAAUAAAAAUAUCAGCAUCGGUGCAGGCCUCCAGAAGCUCAUACUGCUUUAUCCACCUAUCUAUCCAUUCCUCCAUCUCUUCAUCCCUCCAUCUGGUCUCCUCUCCCCUGGCUCUUCUCGGACAUCUGCCAGCUGGGACACUGUUGCCAUUCACACUGGCGACAGCCUCGACUUAGACCCGUUCCUUCACUCCUUAAUUAACAAGACUGACCAAUUAAAAGAAGACGAUGUCCACUUGUGUCCGGACACAUGAACCAACAUCCCCGUUAACCCUUCCUCUUCCUUAUAAGACAGACACACGUUGUGUUAUGUAUGUGUGCAGCAACUUUGAAAUAAAGUUAAUUUCUAGUGUGGAAAAACCGCA